UGCAGGAGAUUAUGAUAAUGAGAAUGAGGUACAACGGUAAUCCUAGGAAGACAUGGGCCAUGGGAGAAGAGGAGCUGGUGUGAAUGAAAUUCAGUUGCUGAUCCAGUUUGCUGUUGAGCAACUAGUGCUGGGACUUUAACUUUUUGGUGCUGAUGAACCAUAACAUGAUGUUCUUUAGUAACUUGUUUGUAAGUCUGAUGUAUGCCCAUUACUGCUGGACUGUGAUCACUGCUUCUCUGAUGCCAGGUUUCCCUUUUGUGUUUGUGUGGAAUGCUCCUACAGAACUCUGCAGGAGUCGAUUUGGCUUUGAGCUAGAUCUGUCUUACUUCCAAAUUGUGAGCAGCACAUUAAAGACAGCCACUAAUCAAAGGGUCUCCAUCUUCUAUACUGACCGCUUUGGCAUCUUCCCUUAUGUGGACAAGGAGAGUGGAAAGCAUCAUGGCAGUGGUCUUCCACAGCUGAUUGAUUUCACCAGGCACUGGGAGCUGGCUGAGGGGAGCAUCAUCUUCUAUAUUCCUGAGGAUCAGCCUGGCCUGGCUGUGCUGGAUUUUGAGGAGUGGAGACCACAGUGGGUCCGAAACUGGGGCAACAAAUAUGUUUACAGGGAGCAGUCUAUUAAAGCCAUCAUGCAGAAGAACCUCUCUCUGUCCUAUAAAGAAGCACACGCGUUAGCAGUGAUUGCGUUUGAGAAGGCAGCAAAGGAGUACUUCCUCCAGUCCUUGAGCCUUGGAAAGAAAUUGAGGCCUUCACGUAAAUGGGGCUACUACCUGUAUCCUGAGUGUUAUAACUAUCACUACAAAAACAACAUGGAUCUUUACACAGGAGAGUGUCCAGAAAUUGAAAAGCUGAGGAAUGACAAGCUGCUCUGGCUUUGGAAUGAAUCUACCGCCCUCUUUCCAUCCAUCUAUCUGGAGCUUGCACUACAGGAGUCCCAUCAGGCAAAGCUUUAUGCUCGUCACAGGGUUCAGGAAGCCAUGAGGGUUUCCAAACUCUCAAACAGGAGCUCUGCUGUUCCUGUUUAUCCAUACAUUCGCCCAUGCUUUAAAGACAGUGACGUCAACUACCUGUCUGAGUAUGACCUGGUCAACACUGUAGGUGAAGCUGCUGCUUUAGGAGCUGCUGGGGUCAUCUCAUGGGGUGAUAUGAAAAUCUCAAAUUCUGAGGCGUCCUGUGCAGCUGCAAAACACCACCUAAAAGAAGUCAUGAACCCAUACAUCUUAAAUGUGACCACUGCCACACAGCUGUGCAGUGAAGCCCUGUGUCAGGGUAAGGGCAGGUGUGUGAGGAGGAUCUGGGACAGUGGAGAGUAUCUUCACUUGUCUCCACAGAGGUAUCAAAUCUACAAGGACAGCACGAGUGGGCUGUUUGUGAAGGGUCAGAUCUCACAGGAGGACGUCGAUUGGUUUCAGGAGAGGUUUGACUGUGCGUGCUACACAGGGGAGCCGUGUUAUGCACCUCUCGCUCUGAAUAUUGUUUCCAGGUUUACCUAUAAUGAUGGUUUGUCUUUGUCACACUUCACGAUGGUACAAUGGCUGGCCUAUGCACUGACCAUUACAUGGAUUGUUGUGAUUUGUUGAUUUGUUGAAGCACUUUCAAGAUAAUAAAAAAAAAAACUUUACAUAAAAACUGCAGUAC